AUGGAGUUUCAGAGGCCUGCGAACUUCGCCGUCGAGACCGUCGAAACCAAUGACAAGACUAUGUUCGACGAUGAUGGUCGUGAAAAAAGAACCGGAACUUUGGUGACUGCAAGUGCACAUAUUAUAACGGCUGUUAUUGGGUCCGGAGUGCUUUCUCUGGCGUGGGCAAUUGCUCAGUUGGGAUGGAUUGCUGGUGUCACGGCUCUCAUAUUAUUCUCUAUGAUAACUUUGUACACUUCUUCUCUACUCACCAAUUUUUAUAGAUUUCCUGAACCAAAUAGUGGGAAAAGAAACUACACUUACAUGCAAGCCGUGGAGAGCUACUUGGGAGGAUUCAAGUACAAGUUGUGUGGGGUAUUUCAAUAUGGGAAUCUUGUAGGAACAUCUAUUGGAUAUACAAUCACAACGGCUUUAAGUGUUGGGGCUAUAAUACAAUCAAAUUGCCACCACAAACAUGGGAAAGCGGCAAAAUGUUCGGCAUCAACCGAGCUCAGCAUAGUCAUCUUCGGGAUUCUACAGAUCUUGUUGAGUCAAAUUCCUAACUUCCACAAGCUAUCAGGGCUCUCAAUACUUGCCGCCGCCAUGUCGUUUACUUAUUCCAUCAUCGGCGUGUGUCUCGCCAUCACCAAGAUAGCAACAGGAGAGGCCAAUCCCAAAACAAGCCUGACUGGAGUGGAAGUUGGAGUGGAUGUGACAAGCCAACAGAAGAUUUGGCGCAGCUUCCAAGCUCUUGGCAAUAUUGCCUUUGCCUAUGCUUACUCUCAAGUUCUUAUUGACAUUCAGGACACUCUAAAAUCAAGCCCACCGGAGAACGUAGUAAUGAAGAAGGCCACUGCAGUUGGGGUCUUUGUGACAACUGCAUUUUACAUGUUGUGUGGAAUACUAGGUUACAUCGCGUUCGGGAAUGAUGCGCCAGGCAAUUUUCUAGCAGGGUUCGGUUACUUUGAACCGGCCUGGAUUGUCGACUUUGCUAAUGCGUGCAUUGUUGUUCAUUUGCUUGGAGCUUACCAGGUCUUUGCUCAACCAGUCUAUAGGAAAAUGGAGGACUGGAGUAAAGAGAAGUGGCCAGAAAGCGACUUUGUAGUGAAAGAAUAUAGCAUUGGAAUUCCAUGUUUGGGCACUUGCAACUUCAAUGGCUUCAGAGCCGUGUGGAGAACUUUGUAUGUGAUAUUAACAUGUACAUUGGCAAUCAUAUUGCCUUUCUUCAAUGACAUUUUGGGUCUACUUGGGGCCUUUGUCUUUUGGCCAUUGACUGUGUAUUUUCCGCUAGAAAUGCACAUUGCACAGAACAAGAUUCCGAAGUACUCUCGCAGAUGGGUGGGGCUCAAUCUAUUGAGCGGAUCUUGCUUGAUCGUUUCUCUUCUCGCCGCCGGUGGAUCCAUUCAAGGCAUCAUUACAGCGCUCAAGACAUACAGGCCUUUCAAGUCCGUGGCCUAA